AUGGACGCUACAAUCCUACGCACCUUCGCCAUUGGCGCCUCGGCAGUCGCCGUCAUUGUCAUCUGGCGAAAGCUCUACCCAAAGCCGUACCCAGGCAUCCCCUAUGUUGAGGCUUCAGCACAACGCAUAAGCGGAGACAUACCGCAUUUGAUGGAGGAGAUGAAACUAACGGACGAGGCGACCAACUCAAUGUUCGCCAUCUCCACCCAGAAACUCGGCACCCCCAUCGCCCAGGUUUUGUUUCCAGGGUUUGCGAGGCCACUGAUCACGGUUGAGGAUAUCGUCGUGCGCCGGCAGAAGGAGUUCGACAAGUCGCCCAUGGCCGUGCAAAUUUUCGAGCCCAUGUUCCCCCAUGGAUCUCUGAGCCAGUUUACCACACCCAAAUUAAAAGAGCAAAAGCGCCUGUGGGCCGACGUGAUGAAGGUUGACUUCCUCCGUAAGGCUGCCGGACCGAAAAUCUACACCGCCAUGCUGGAACUACUUGAAUUAUGGCAGAUCAAGGCAUCCUCCAUCUACGAGGACAAGCCGUUCAGUGUCAUUGACGACUUCAAAAAUGCCACAUUGGAUGUCAUCUGGGCCUCUCUAGUCGGGAAUGAGUCGGGGAUCAUGAGAUUUGAGAUCGAGAAAUUGAAGGAGCAAAUCGCCAGUGGUAAAGGCAAGGACGGGAUCAAGAUGAAAGCUCCGCCUAGCGCUGCUAUCAAAGACGAGGUGGCUUACGUUGAGCAUGCCAUUGCAAAGAACGCGAGAACACCCAUGCCUACGUGGGCUCAGAAGUUAGAAACGUACACUCCACGCUACCGGAAGUUCCGGACCACGAUCAGUUCCAAGAUUAGCCAAGCGAUGAAGGAUUCCGUACAUCGAUAUGAGCGUCUGCAGGCGGGGGCGCUCGAGGAUGAUGCCUUUGAUACCUGCAUGAUGGAUCUUGUCCUUCGCCGUCAAAUUCUUGAGGCAAAGAGAAAGGGAGAAGCACCAACAGACCCGACGAAAGAUCAAUACAUGCUAGACGAGAUGUUCAUCAUGCUAGUUGGGGGGCACGAUUCUACAGCCAAUGCGCUCGCCUGGUUUCUUAGAUUCAUGGAACUCUACCCAAGUAUCCAGAAAGAUCUACGCACAGAACUUGAAGCUGCUUUGCCGCUGUCUAAAACCCCGUCCUUAGAUCAGAUCCUUGAUGCCAAUAUCCCGUAUCUCGAUGCCGUUUGUGAGGAAAGCUUGCGCUUGGCCGGCACUUCUAAAGGCAAUCUUAGACAGGCCGUCACAGACACGGAGAUCUUAGGCUGUAGAAUACCCAAGGGGGCAGAGGUCCUCCUAAAUCUUCAUAUAAAUCACCCACUUCUACCAGUCGAUGACCUAAAGCGCAGCACGAGCAGCAAAGCAGCCAUCGAUAAACAUGGAUAUCGCUUGUCAGACACUACCACUUCAAGUCUCAGUCUAUUUGACCCUACACGGUGGCUUACUAGAGACCAAACAACAGAUAGCGACGUGUUCAACCCUUAUGCAGUACCGUCGCUAGCGUUUGGGGGUGGCUUACGGGGAUGUUUCGGACGCAAGCUAGCAACUAUGGAAUUUCGUAUCGCAGUUGUGCUACUGAUACUCAACAUUGAGUUCCUCGAAUUGCCCCAGGAGCUAAAAUCCAUGCUAGCUUCUGAGGCAAUAUUCCGCCAGCCUCAGAAGCCCUUCGCUAGGGUCAGAGUUUUGUAG